UCUUCCCUUGGGCCUUGCCAGUCUUGCCCGGAUUGGAUGUCACCUCUGGAGCUGAUUUUGGGAGACCAGGGGAGGCUUUUGCCUGGGCUGGGCUCUUGGAAUCCAUUCGUCCAAAAAAAUCCUCUCCGAACCCAAUAUCAUCGUUCCCCUUGUAGUCUCCCUCAUAUGCCCUAGAUUGCUCAUCUGCUGUCGGCGGUCAGGUACUGUUCUGUAGCAGCGACGUCGUCUAUCAGGCUCUGCCCUGAAGCAGACUAGAGGGCCAUGGUGAGGAAGAGGCCAAACAUAUUGGUGACGGGCACACCAGGAACGGGGAAGACAACAACAUCGUCCGCCUUAGCAGAGGCAACACAGCUCCACCACAUCAACGUCGGUGAUUUGGUGAAGGCCAAGAAUCUCCAUGAUGGGUGGGAUGAUGAGCUAGACUGUUACAUCAUCAAUGAAGACCUGGUAUGCGAUGAGCUUGAGGAUACCAUGGAAGAAGGAGGGAAGAUCGUGGACUACCAUGGUUGCGAUUUCUUCCCUGAGAGAUGGUUUGAUCUUGUGGUUGUGCUCCAAACUGACAAUACCGUCUUGUAUGACCGCUUGACUCGAAGAGGAUAUUCGGAGUCAAAGCUCUCCAACAAUAUUGAAUGUGAAAUAUUUCAAACUUUGCUUGAGGAGGCAAAAGAGAGCUACCCAGAAGAUAUCGUGCUUCCCUUAAAGAGUGAUAGCAUCCAAGACAUUUCGACUAAUCUUUCUACUGUGGCAGAAUGGGUCAGGAGGUGGCAACCCUCAACUUAGUUUCUUAUGAUAUAGUUUUUGGUUGAGGGUGCUUGUUGGUUGGUUGGUCAGUUAGUUGGAUCAAGCUUUUGAGAUGGAGUUUUGAUGUACUAUUAUUACGACAUAUUUGUAUUCUCUCUCGUAUCAGUUUUACCAUUAUGUUAUGUGACUCUCUCUUGAAUUGCAAUUGUUCAUUGAAGGGGUUUGAUGGAAUGAAUUUUGUAACGAGGGGCAUUCAUGGUGACUA